AUGUCUAAGCUAAGCUUUGCUACUGUUCUCUUUGUCAUUGCCUUCAUGCUUCCUGCAUUUAUUACUAUUGGCAAGGGCACUCCUGCACCUUCAGUUUCAUUUACAGCCUCAAAUCAACUCAAGUAUUGGUCUCUGAAUGUUAAAAACAACAUGCCUCCAGCUAUCUUGUCUAAAUUAUCUCCCCUCAAUGAAGAUGAUAGUGAGUUUUUCACGUCACUAGUAUCCAAGCAAUCUUUCCAGUCAAAUUCCAAGUUUUGCAGUCUUGCCAAUCUGGCUUGUUACUCAGAACUAGACAGCAUAAAACCGUUAAGUCGAGCUUAUGGAUACAUAAACGACCCAUCUUUCUUUGUCCAAAAAGUCGACCCUUUUUCCUUUUUCAGAAUGUCAGUUCUUAGACAAGGAAAUAGAGUCCACCUUUCGAAUUUGGGAGAUCAAUUUCCUCAACGUGCAUUUCUUCCUUCUCAAAUUGCAUCCAAAAUUUCUCUAGUAGAAAAUAAUUUGCAAAAGAUUUUUCCUCAAUCUUUUAUUAACCCCAAUACAAAAGGCAACAUUGAAACCACUCUUCUUUAUUGCAAUGCUGUAGCUUUGAAAGGAGAGAUCAAAAGUUGCCCAAAAUCCUUAGAAGACAUGAUUGAAUUCUCAAAAACUACUUUAGGUACUAAAAAGCUGGUUGCACUUACUUCCAAAAGCACAAAGGGCUCUGGUGAAAUGCUUACGAUUGGAAAUAUUAAACAGCUUAAUGCAAAAAGGGUUGUGUCAUGUCACGAGGUAUAUCUUCCUUUUGCGACUUAUUUUUGCCACAUGGUCUCCUCAACUCAACUCUAUGCAGUUGAUGUUGUUAAGCCUGAAACAAAAGUACCAGUUAAUACAGUUCUUGCGAUAUGCCAUAUGGACACUUCAUCAUGGCCAACAAAUCAUCCGGCAUUUGAGAUACUUAAAGCCACCCCUGGCAAAGGCGAAGCAUGCCAUUGGAUAACAAAAACGGGUCUUCUUUGGGUUGGUACUGGAGAGAGGCUAGUGUAG